AGUCGUCGCGCGUGACGCGGCGGAAUCGAGGCGGACGAUCGAACGCGGAGAGGAAGAGAGACUUUUCCGCCUCCACGUCGAGGAGGAGGAUCUCGAGAGUCUGUCUCAAAUCGCGAUCCGCGAAUGCUCGGUGAUCCAUGUAGGAAUUUGUUACGAGUUCGCGAGUAAAUUUAGCGACUUGGAGUUUAAGAGAGCAAAUCUCCUCCCGGCUCUCGACGAGGAACGGGACUCGAAAUUUCGUGUAUAUAAAUAAUUUCGUCUAACGACGAGGAGAAGUUGAAUUAGAGACGCGAGUUCAGUGAUAUAUCAACUGGUGCUGGUGCGUCGCAUCGCUGUCAGAAACAUGCGUGACGGGAAUUUGCAGCACGCGGGCGAAGUAGAUUUCGCUCCAUCGUCUGACACGUUUUCGUCUGUCGAGUUAGUAGCUCGUCACAAAUGAGAUCGAUCAACCCUUCCGGUCGGUAAAUAUGAUAGAUAUCAUCGCAGCCGCGUAUGCUUCCAGUUAAUGUCCCAGAGAUCGAGAAAUAUGAAGAUGUUUAAGGGGGUCGUGACUGUUCGCGUACUCGACUGGACCAGUCAAUCAAAUGAAGCAAAUUGUACAUUCAUCGAUAGCAAUCUCGAAUAAUUUGAGGGACAAUCGACGAUGAGAACAAAUGGCAGGCACGUGAAGAUCGUCGUAUCGAAACUUUUUAAAGAGUCUAACGAGAUUCUUAGGAGAAAAGUGGAUUUCUUGUUAUAAAACAAUGAGAGGAUAUAAUUUGCAUACCUAAUGAAAAUAUACAGGUCUCAUUAAGAGAAGAACGAAUGAAAGAAAAAGGUAGAAGGGAGAAAAGAAAAAAGGCGAGGUGAAUAUGAAAUGUGUGCGAAAUUGAAAGCUUGAUAAACACGAAACGAAUAAUAAAAAAGAUUUAAUAACGAGGAAGAUAUAUUCUAGUGAAUCAAGAAAAUGAGCUUGUAUAUUGAAAAUAAAACGUGCAAAGGAAAGGAAAAGAGAAGACGUGGAUAGAGAAAAUUGGAUAAAAUUGUUGAAGGAAAGCAAUUACAGAUAUCCUCGGAGAAAAUAAGAGGACGAACUGAUAUAUACAACUCUAGUGAUAAAAGUGGAGAAAUCGAUGGUGGAAGAUUUAGGACCAAAAAAAACGCACGAUAAAGUGCAGAGAUCUCGGUGAAGGGAGAAAAAAAGGAAGAUUUGGCACGCGGAGUAGUGAGAAUUGAUGUUGAAGGUGAAAUGGAGAAGGAGAGACUAGAUAGAUGAACUCGCGGAACGGAAAACUCAACGUGAAGAGGAAAAGCAGCAACGAGGACACGCGAGGUUUAAGUGACGGGCAACCGCGAAGAGAUGGGAAACGCUCUCGAAUGAGGGACGAAUAGGAUGUGGAGGUGGAUUAAUGUGUGUCUUGGGGGACCGUCGUGUGUCCUUAAUUAAAAGAAGAGCUAAGUGUAUGCGCGCGUCAAGAAUAUACCAAGUAUAUAAUAAGAUCUGCACGCGAAGAGGGAAAGCUUCCACGAAGUUUACAUUGCUUAUCUUUGCUGUCAGCGAUGGCGAGCGAUCGUUCACGGGUGAGCAGCUUAGAAGCGGCCGGUUCGCUCUAAAAAGCGCACAUGCUCGCCAAGAUCGUGUCGCGCAUCGAAGAAAUACAUGGAUGUGAAUCUUUCGCAUCGGUCACCAAGUGUUCGAAGUGAAGCGGCAAGUUGUUUCGAUCACUCGCUUUUCGCGGUCGCGUAAUAGUUCACAAUUUAAUAAAAACUAAAUAAAUAAACUUUAACAAAGACACACGGAUUCUUCAAAUUCGACCACGUGCACUGUGUUCAGGAGUAGAGAGCAAAGAUUUUCCGCAAAGGACUUGAAGAAAUUAAAUAAUAUAACGAAUCCUUUAUCUAAAGCGUCUUUUUACUGCCGAUCAGUGAUUCGACAAAAAGCGAGAGCAGUUCUUCAUCGUCGAUCGUAUUUCGUAUCAUCGAUCUCAACGUAUAGUGCAGUGCGAUUUCCCGAUAUCGCCGAUGUGUCGUAAACUCGGUCGGAAGUGGCAGGAAGUGAAAGCGGAAUCGAAGCGCCGUCGCGCAAUUUACGGGUUUCGCGGCGCAAAGUGUUGAACCUCGCGUUUACGAAUUGGCCGGUUCGGUUAGUGUCUUUCUCGCGACACGGGAGUCGCGUUCUUCGGGACUUGUAGCCGCAACAUGGGUUGCGAACUGAGCAAGCUGGCCACCACGAAAUCGCGCAAUCAGGCCGGAAACGAUGGCUCUUCACCACCGCCGCCGGCCGCCACGGAUCCGCGACUUCCGCUCACAGCCAGGCAAAAAUUUACGGUUAUCGCCAGUUGGAAAGCGGUUUCCAGGGCACUGGAGCCUACGGGCGUCUACAUGUUCAUAAGGUUGUUUGAGGAGAACGCAGAAUUGUUAAAUAUGUUCACAAAAUUCCGGGAGUUGAAGACGAAGGAUCAGCAGUCAUCGAGUAUGGAACUGGCCGAACACGCGAAAACAGUCAUGUCCACUCUCGACGAAGGGAUCAAGAGCCUGGACGACAUGGACGCGUUUUUGACGUACCUUCACGAGGUUGGAGCCUCCCACACGAAGAUCCCCGGCUUCAACCGGCAAUACUUCUGGAAAAUCGAGAAACCGUUUCUGGAUGCGGUAGAGCGUACUCUGGAGGACCGAUAUUCGGAGAACGUGGAGAACAUCUACAAGCUGACGAUCAAGUUCAUCAUUGAGACGCUGAUCGACGGCUUUGACAAGGCACAGAGCGACAAGGCCAAGUCCUAGUCGUCCUAGUCACGAGGAUCUGGCACGUACGCGAUCGCCCUCGAUCCUACGAAAUGUUGACCGCCCCCCUGGUUCGCUCGGUCUCCUCGGCACCUGGAACGGAAAGGAGCCACAGCCGCCACGCCGAUUUUUCGGUAAACGACGAUGGGACAAUCGUCGUCCUUGCGUUGGUUCACGCGACGCUACCGAGUCGCUCCUUCGUUUCUUCAAUCCGCUUCGCGGAUUCACGAGAGACGCGAAUAUAUAUGCGAGAGCGCGUGGCGUUUACGUCGUAAACGUUCUCGCCGGCCUGAGAUCUUUCUUUCCCUCGAGCGGGUCUCGUCAUUAUCCAGAUAUUGAGAAACGGUCCCGAGUCUCUCGGGACUUCUUAAAAGAAAAAAAACGUCGCAACGCGAGCCGAAAGAAUCGCGUGAUUCUUUUGACGGUCGAAGGGUUUUUCUGCAACUCGAUUCAAUUAAUUUCUCGGUAAAUUCUAUAUUUUUUCGAUACUAUAAAAAUUAUUCUAUUUAAAUAAUA